GGCGGUGGGGACUUGGCCGGGGGGUGGGGCUGUCCCUCACUCGGCGCGACCCUUCUCAGCCCUGCCCCGGGGCUGGGGGCUGAGGAUGCGGAGGGAGCCGGCGCCGGAGUUGUAGAGAGAUUGGGGGCGCUGAAAGGGCGGCCUCGUCCAUGGAGCGGGAGGAAUGCCCGGACCGAGCCCCGACAGACGCGGGCCAGCCUCAGCCCCGACGGCCAGCGCGCAGAUAGCAGCGCUCACUGCUGGGAGGAGCCAUGAUUCCGGUGACGGAGCUCCGCUACUUCGCGGACACGCAGCCGGCCUACCGCAUCCUGAAGCCGUGGUGGGACGUGUUCACCGACUACAUCUCCAUCGUCAUGCUGAUGAUCGCCGUGUUCGGGGGCACCCUGCAGGUGACGCAGGACAAAAUGAUCUGCCUGCCCUGUAAGUGGGUCACCCGGGACGCCUGCAACGAUUCCUUCCGCGGCUGGGCGGCGCCCGAGCCCGCCUACUUCAACGCCAGCCUCCUGGGUGGCCCUGACGCCGGCCCCACGGGCAUCAAGUACGACCUGGACCGGCACCAGUACAACUACGUGGACGCCGUGUGCUACGAGAACCGCCUGCACUGGUUCGCCAAGUACUUCCCCUACCUGGUGCUGCUGCACACCCUCAUCUUCCUGGCCUGCAGCAACUUCUGGUUCAAGUUCCCGCGCACCAGCUCGAAGCUGGAGCACUUCGUGUCCAUCCUGCUCAAGUGCUUCGACUCGCCCUGGACCACGCGGGCCCUGUCGGAGACGGUGGUGGAGGAGAGCGACCCCAAGCCGGCCUUCAGCAAGAUGAACGGCUCCAUGGACAAGAAGGCGUCGACGGUCAGCGAGGACGUGGAGGCCACCGUGCCCAUGCUGCAGCGGACCAAGUCCCGCCUGGAGCAGGGCAUCGUGGACCGCUCGGAGACGGGCGUGCUGGACAAGAAGGAGGGCGAGCAGGCCAAGGCGCUCUUCGAGAAGGUGAAGAAGUUCCGCACGCACGUGGAGGAGGGCGACAUCGUGUACCGCCUCUACAUGCGCCAGACCAUCAUCAAAGUGGUCAAGUUCGUCCUCAUCAUCUGCUACACUGUCUACUACGUGCACAACAUCAAGUUCGACGUGGACUGCACGGUGGACAUCGAGAGCCUGACCGGCUACCGCACCUACCGCUGCGCCCACCCGCUGGCCACGCUCUUCAAGAUCCUGGCGUCCUUCUACAUCAGCCUGGUCAUCUUCUACGGCCUCAUCUGCAUGUACACGCUGGGCUGGAUGCUGCGGCGCUCGCUCAAGAAGUACUCGUUCGAGUCCAUCCGCGAGGAGAGCAGCUACAGCGACAUCCCCGACGUGAAGAACGACUUCGCCUUCAUGCUGCACCUCAUCGACCAGUACGACCCGCUCUACUCCAAGCGCUUCGCCGUCUUCCUGUCGGAGGUGAGCGAGAACAAGCUGCGGCAGCUGAACCUCAACAACGAGUGGACGCUGGACAAGCUGCGGCAGCGGCUGACCAAGAACGCGCAGGACAAGCUGGAGCUGCACCUGUUCAUGCUCAGCGGCAUCCCGGACACCGUGUUCGACCUGGGCGAGCUGGAGGUGCUCAAGCUGGAGCUCAUCCCCGACGUGACCAUCCCGCCCAGCAUCGCGCAGCUCACGGGCCUGCAGGAGCUGUGGCUCUACCACACGGCGGCCAAGAUCGAGGCGCCGGCGCUGGCCUUCCUGCGCGAGAACCUGCGCGCGCUGCACAUCAAGUUCACGGACAUCAAGGAGAUCCCGCUGUGGAUCUACAGCCUCAAGACGCUCGAGGAGCUGCACCUGACGGGCAACCUGAGCGCCGAGAACAACCGCUACAUCGUCAUCGACGGGCUGCGCGAGCUCAAGCGCCUGAAGGUGCUGCGGCUCAAGAGCAACCUGAGCAAGCUGCCGCAGGUGGUGACGGACGUGGGCGUGCACCUGCAGAAGCUCUCCAUCAACAACGAGGGCACCAAGCUCAUCGUGCUCAACAGCCUCAAGAAGAUGGUGAACCUGACGGAGCUGGAGCUGCUGCGCUGCGACCUGGAGCGCAUCCCGCACUCCAUCUUCAGCCUGCACAACCUGCAGGAGAUCGACCUCAAGGACAACAACCUGAAGACCAUCGAGGAGAUCAUCAGCUUCCAGCACCUGCACCGCCUCACCUGCCUUAAGCUCUGGUACAACCACAUCGCCUACAUCCCCGUGCAGAUCGGCAACCUCACCAACCUCGAGCGCCUCUACCUGAACCGCAACAAGAUCGAGAAGGUCCCCACUCAGCUCUUCUACUGCCGCAAGCUGCGCCACCUGGACCUCAGCCACAACAACCUGACCUUCCUGCCCGCCGACAUCGGCCUGCUGCAGAACCUCCAGAACCUGGCCAUCACGGCCAACCGGAUCGAGGCGCUGCCCCCCGAGCUCUUCCAGUGCCGGAAGCUGCGGACGCUGCACCUGGGGAACAACGUGCUGCAGUCGCUGCCGUCGCGCGUGGGCGAGCUGACCAACCUGAGCCAGAUCGAGCUGCGCGGCAACCGGCUCGAGUGCCUGCCCGUGGAGCUGGGCGAGUGCCCGCUGCUGCGGCGCAGCGGCCUGGUGGUGGAGGAGGACCUGCUGGCCACGCUGCCCCCCGAGGUCAAGGAGCGGCUCUGGAAGGCCGACAAGGAGCAGGCCUGAGCCGGGCGCCGCGGACACUCGCCGCCGGACACCCCGCCCCGCCCGGGGGCUGGCCCCUCGGCCAGGCGCUGCCGGGAGACCCCCGCCUCGCACACGUCCCGGAGCCCCUUGUCCAGACAAUCAAGGCCCCCGGGCCGGGCCCGAGCCGGCACCAGGGAGGCUGUGCCCUCGCCCCUCCCGCGGGGAGCUUCACAUUCCCAAGGAAGUCAGGGGCUGGGGAGUGGGGAGCUGUCGGGAUUCCGGGCCUCGACCCUCCCGGGCACCAGCUGUGGGUGGGUACCUGGGUGCCAGGCUGGGCUCAGGCCCGGGGGCCAGGCCCAGCUGCGGCUUACUGCAUCCGUUUUAGAUCCUUUUUCUUUUUUAGUGAAAAAGAAAACACAAAAACCAAAUUUCUUUUUUUUUUUUUAAGAAAAAAAAAAAGCUUCAAAAAGCAAUGGUUUGGGUAUUAAAAAGAAAUAAAACUUCACACACACACACACACACACACACACACACACACACACACACACACACAAGGGACACUGAAGGCCAGCGAGAGGGACCCGGUAGCCUCGGCCCGGGGCCGGGGGACGCUUUCAGGGGUCUCGGUUCUCUCUCUGUCCCCUUUCCUUUCGGGGUGUCUUGUUUUCAUUCUCCUCCACGUGUCUGCGGGUGCUCACCCCGGUGGCUGCUGGCCAGGGGAAUGUUCCGGAGCCGCCAAGGGGGGGGGGCCGGGGAGACCCCCCCCCGGCCUGUGCACUCCCCUCGCCCCAUCGUCCAGUGUUAAGGAGCGGGGGCCACCUGCUUUCCCUCUACGCAUCCCGCCCGGACUCUGCCAGGGCCACCAGCAGCCCCGCUGCGUCCCCCCCGUCCUGUCCUGUCCUGUCGCCCCCCCAGCCGCGGGGGGCCCAGCCACUUCCUGUCCAGGUGCCCGGCUCCCGCGGUGUCCCGGCGGGGGCCGUAGCGGGAAGCCACUCCUGUUGGAUCCGUCUCUGGGGGAGGGUCCCCCGCCGGAGACGGUCACUCGGACACUAAGGCACGUUUUAGCGUCUCUGGUCUCCAUGAUUGUGUCCACCCGUCGUCCAUUUGUGUUUCCUGCCUCGAGUCCUGGGACGUGGCCCUCCGAACUCGUGCACACCUGCGCCCAGCACCCACGGAGCAGAGCAUUACCUGGGGGUCUGCUCCCGGGGGCUCGGCUCAGAUAGCAAAUAAACGUAUCCGAGAAAGCAGC